AAACUUUUUCAAAUACGUUCACCAUGGAAAACAGAGGGGGAGAUAUUGACAUCGAUGAGCCAGGAUGUGCAGACCAAACCAGGCCGCAAACAGAAAUUCUGGGAACAAAGUACGUUGAAAUGGAAGAGAUUGACUUCUGCCCAUAUUCGCCGAGCCCAGAAGAAAUAGCGUUUUUUGAAGCAGUUCGUAGCGGUAAUUCAGCCGAAGUGGAAGAGCUGAUAAAUGUCAAACACGUGGAUGUAGACUGCACAAAUGUCAACGGGGAAACGGCGCUACAAAUAGCAGUGAAGAGGGAAGCGUUUGAUAUGGUUCAAACGCUGUUACGGAAUAAGGCAGACAUCGGGGCGGCCUUGUUCGAAGCCGUCAGGAAUAACUCGUUGCAGUAUGUCAGAAUUCUUGUAGCACACGAUUCAAGACAUCGAAAAAAUACAGCUGUUAAAACGCUUGGAAAAUUAUCAGCAACACAACAUCGAAGCAGAUCAGAGAAUUUCGAGGAAUUUUUGACGCCGCUUGUCCUUGCUGUGCUCAACGGGAACUAUGAAAUUGUUGAAUUCUUUGUCAGCAAAGGUUACAGAGUCGACCAUCCGAAUACGCAGAAACCUCAAAGUGAAACUGGAUCAAUGGUCAGGCUUAAAGAUUCUUUAUUCAAGCUUAACACUUAUAAAGCUUUAGCAAGCCCCUUGUACAUUUCGCAGACUUUCCUCCACGAGAAUCGCGAGCGAAAAGAAUUGAACAAAAAGAGUUCUAGUUAUAAAGCGAACGAUCCUUUGUACAGAUCAAUUGUUCUGAGGCGGAAGCUUAAGCAACUAGGACACAGUGAAAACGAAUUUCGUGAGGACUAUUUCGCCCUCUCAGCGCAGAGCGAAAAUUUUGCAGUCAGUCUGUUAGAUGAAUGUAGAAAUCUCGAGGAAAUAGCUGCAGUUAUGGAUGUACCAGAAGCUGAAACAUUGAACGGGAAGAUACAAUUGAGACAAAAGGAACACAGAUUACGCGUUCUUAACCUCGCUAUAAAAUAUCGCAACAGAAAGGUAAGAGUGCUUUUUAAUUUUCUUCCUAUUUUUUUUCUUCUUUAUUUUUUAUCCCAAGAGGAGAGACUUUUAUUUGCCAAGAAAGAGAGACAUUUUAUUCCCGAAAAGAAAGAAUGAAGAACAAAGAACAGAGAAGUGGAGUAAAAAUAGUUAUAUGAUUAAGUUUAGUUUUGUACGAUUACCCAAGUAUUUUGUAAAAGUAGUUUUGGCAUGGAGAGCAAAAACGCUUAACCUUUUUCCGGCUAUCCUUGCGAAUGCAGACGUAUUUCCGGCCGUCGCUUUUCUCUCCAACCGAAAAGUUCGAGUGGAGAGAAGGGACGACCGGAAAUGCGUCUGUGUUCGCAGGCUGUGAUUCACCUGCGAGGUAGAAAAAGCACCAGAAAAGUCUUCUGUCCUCAUAGAUUAAAAUAAUGUUACAUUCUUUCUUUUCGCCUUUUAUUUUUGUGCCUGACUGGUGGAGGUUUGGGAGCAGAAUACAAUCCCCGUCCACAAGUAUCCGGAUAUUUUAAAGAAACUGCUACUUUUUCCUUCCAGAUUCAAAAAUUUCCAUGUACACACGUAUCGGUAUUCAAAUCGAAUUUCCCCGUCCACAGAUAUCCGACACGUAUCCAGAUGGCAACAGAGCAUGCGUCGUAAACCGCGCAAAAUUUGCAUCUUACAAUUUGCAUCGAUGAGUAUAGAGAGAACCGGGCAACGAGGUUGCCAUCUUGAGCAGUAUUCACGGUAAAGAACCGGGCUCGAUCUUUUUACGUCACGGGAUUAAGAAAGUAUCUGGGUUUAAUUUAGCGUCCACACGAUUCAAGAUUCAUAACGUAAUCAAAAAUUUCCACUCAGGAGAGCAGAUUCAAAAAGUUGCGGGAUUCAAAAAGUUGCGGAUUCGUAUGCCGGAUUCACCAAAUACGUCUGGACGGGAUAGUGUAUCCGGAAAGAAAAAGUUGCGUAUUCAAGAAUAUCCGGAUAAGUGUGGACGGAGCCUCAAAUGACCUGUACGAGCAUGACCGCCGAACGGGAUAUGCAAUAUUAGUUUGCAAGCUUUUCCUAAAUAGGGUCUUAAUCUUCUGAAAAGAAACAACACAGCAUUUAUAAAACAGAGGCUGCAUUUCUAUACAGUAGUAUUUUUCUAAGCUUCAAUUUGAGGCGCUACUUAAAGGAAAUUGUUACUUUGAUAAAGAAUUAAGGAUUGUUCCAGGAGCAUCAACUUUUAAUGUUAACGUUAUGGCUUUCGAGGAAUCGUUUCAGUUACUGUGGAACCUAAGCAUUUUAGUGGUGUACGUCAAUAUGAAAACAAAACCUACUACCUACAUCAGUCUAGGGGGUAAUUGAUUUUUAUGUAAGUUCACAGGAAGAAGGUAGAAUUCGAAACAGCGAAAAUGCUGAUAUGUUUAUGUCUUUUAGUUUAUAGCUCAUCCCUACAGCCAAAUUAUGCUGAACGCGAUUGCUUACAAGGGAUCGGGAAAAUGGAAUCAACUGUCCUUCAAAACGAAAUUUCUUCUGCUGAUAUUGUAUACACUUUUUAUGCCACUUUGCAUGCUGGGAUACAUGUUCACUCCUGCUAACCGACUGAGAAAGAAGAUGGAGACUCCUCUGUGCAAGCUCAUGAGCCAAGCGUCUUCUGUCCUGUGGUUCUUGGCUUUGGUGGCAAUGUCGGCCUUCCAAGAUAAAUAUGAUUCGUUCCUGCGCUUAUCACCACUAAGUGAGUUCGAAUACAAGUCUAUACUAUUUAAGCAAUAGAAAACGUUUUCUGUGUUUGCAUAGCCUGAUAUAAACACGAGAGGGGUUGGGAGAAUUCGAGACAGUUAUGCAAACCCGAGACGAAGUCGAGGGUUUGCAUAACAGUCGAGAAUUCUCCCUACGCCUCGAGUGUUUAUAUCAGGAUAUGCAAACACAGAGAAAAAGUUUUCUAUUGCUUUUAUAAAGUAACUUUCCCGAGAAAAGACGCAAAACUCUUUGUAUGGCAGUGAUUAAAAAAGAAAUUCUUACCAGUAGCAAAGUCUUGUCCACGAAGUCUUGCACGCGUAAUCGGUUCUUGUAUUGCAAAAAGAUGCUUUCCAAAAUACGGACUUUUCUCGCUUAAAAUGUCAGCUUAAGCGAAAAAAAAUUGACACACUUUCUUGGUAACGAUUUUCCAAGUUUCAGCCAACAAAGGAAUGGGUAAAUAAAGUAAACUUGACGAGUUUUGAACGUGAAAACUUUUUUAAAUUCGUGCUUGAGUGAUUAGCGCGCGAAAAGCAAAACAUCUUGACGCCACAACCAUGUUUACAUACUCUCAUGCAAACACUCCUCUCAGCCAAUCAGAGCGCGCGUGCUAUCUUACUUAUUUUAUAAAAGACACUUUGUCAUGCUAUUUGCUAUCUUUUUAAAAAGCAAAUUUUUUGUCGCAUCAACUGAAUUCCAAAAAUAGCGGUCCAUUUUUGUCAUUCAGUUAAGACUAGGUUUAGUGUAUUUUGCAUUGAAACUGUUUCUCGUCGUCUGUUGCAACAGAUUAAAAGGAUGGACUUGAAAAAGUUCACCAAAAAAUGUUAUGGUUAGUGCUCCUUGGUGAACUGCUUUGUUUGAUAUCCUCAUAACGCUGAUCAGAAGAAACAUUUUGUUUAUGGGUAAAGGUACAGCCUUUACCCAUAAAACAGCAAUUAAUCCUCGUGUCAAAACCCCUUAAAAAAUCGCUCUUUCUCGUUAGGGAAACGAGAAAGCCGUUAACCAAGGAACCAACCACUCUCGAGAUUGCUCAACAGAGAGCUUUUUCAUUGUAUACGCUCUAAGUAAUCGUGCGCCGGACCACUGACGACUUCGCACAAGUUCGUAGAGCCAAGUAUCCUCAAAUUCUUAUACUCUUCCCUCCUGUUGACAUUUAUUAAUCAUGGCGUCAUCUCAGUGAAGAGAGCCGAUCUAUGAAGGUAUAAAACAAACUUGGUUUGAAGAUACGUACCCGAGAUGAAUAAUCUUAGUGUUUUCAUAGGGUUUGCAAUCCACUUGCUCUACAUAAUGCAGUACUUGAAAAGACAAAGAAGUUUUAGUACUUGCUUAACCCCUUAUUUGCGUGAUGAAUUACGAGUACUAAACGACACAUAAAAGGACUAACUUGGAAUUAUUACUAAAUGUUCCAAAUUCCAAAACAAAUACGUUCUCUAACUUUCUUUGAGUUAGCUCUGAAUUAGGGUCUUUUUUGUUUAAAAAACCGCUUCAGAACAUCAUUAGGGUCUAAUUUAGGCCAUCUCAGCUGGUAAUCACUAUUGAUUUUGUUUGGGCCCACGAGCGUGGAUAAGUCCAGAUUAGCUUGGAACAGUUCGCGAUAGAGCUACGUUCGUUCAAAUUAUGCUUAAUGAGUCUAGCAUUUAUGCAGUAGGAAUAUUUAUUCAUUUACUUGAUUUAUUAUUUAUCUAUUAUUAUAGCUGUUAUUAUUGGUAUCUGGGUGGUUGGUAUAAUCGUCCAAGAAAUAAAGCAAGCCAUGUAUCAAGGCAUGGAGCGAUAUCUCGGUGAGUGGUGGCACCUUGCCGUCAUACCCAUGAUCAUUAGCUACGUUCUUGCCGCUGUACUAUGGAUCGUGGGCUACGCUUCUUUAGCAAGAGAUGCUCAUGAUUUGACUGUGCCUCUUACCAAGCUAGAAGAUGGCUCUUCAAUGGGCUCUUAUCAUCUCUUGCUGCUAUCAAACAGUUUCUACGCAUUUGCAGUGCUUCUAACAUUCUUUGAAGCCUCGCAUCUUCUCCAAGUUGACUCAACUUUGGGACCGCUGCACCUGUCCCUUAUGAAGAUGACCAAGGAUAUUGUCAGAUUUUUCGCGCUCUUUGCCCUGAAUUUUUGCGCGUUUGCUCUUGCCAUGAGGAAACUGUACUCUCAGUACGUGCAGCUGACUGCAGCACAAGUUGCCAAGAGCAGUAAUGCCACUAACACAUCCCACCCUUUUGAAAGGUAGGAAACAGAGACAAUGUACAUCUAAUUCCAAAAGGUUAGCAAAAUAACGCUUCCCCUUAAACUAGACACUGAUAGCCACUUAUCAUGAAGACAAAUCAAAAAAAUGUAAAGCCGUUUUGAUUUUUAUUGAUUUUCAAUAUCAACCAAUUAAUUGUGAUUGAUUUUUAUUGACUAUUAUUGAUGUUAUUGAUUAUUGAUUUUCAUUAAAUGGUAUCGUCGUGAACAAAGGCAUCGGCCUUGAAAUCCCUGCAACGUUUACGUUUCAUCACAAGAAAGAGUCAAAGAUACUGAAACUAAGAGAACUAUGUAAUGAAUGGCAAGGAGGAUAAAGUUGAUAAACAGGGGCUUAGAACACAGCAUCAUUUUCGUAUAUCAUCGCACCUAGCUGUUGACAGAAACGUUAAAGAUUACUCGAUUGAUGUAAUGUUACUGUAUUUUAGUUUUGCUUAAAUUGUGACUGUGUACUGAUAAUACCGCUAAAUUCUACUUAUAUCGGGAAUAUCGUGGUAUCGGGGUUCUGUUUCAUACAUUUUACUGUAACUUUUGCCGGGACAUAGAAUAUUCAUAGUUAUUAAACUAGAACAUCGUUUUAUCGAGGAUCGUUAAAUUGCGUUUCCACUAAGUGUAUAUGUGAGCUAACAGAUAGCUUGUACGUGUUCUUUUAACAGAAUCGAGGGAACCGUGGAGACAUUGUUUUGGGCAUUGUUCGGACAUGUCGAAUUUUCUGCUUUUGAAACGGACGAGAACUCAAAGAUUACCAUGGUUACAGGACAGAUUUUGUUCGCAGUAUACAGCCUCGCUUCCAUACUGGUUGUACUAAACCUACUGAUCGCUAUGCUCAAUAACUCAUACAAGAAGGUUGAUGUAAGUGCAAUGUUGUGUCUACACAAAUCGGUUUAUGAUAAAAUUGUAAACGCAUACAAACUAACGUGCCAAUGGAUGGGUCACACAAGAACAGUAUAAUUGAUAUUGCGCCAACAUCCCUUUCCACGUGUUCUCAGCCAUAAAAGGAGAAGUUUGCAUGCAAUAUCACAGUAACACGUACGUACAUAGCGUAAGUAAAUAUUGCAACCCUGGAAAUAAUAAUUAAUAAUAAAGAAAAAUGUGGUUAGCUUACGAAAGGAUGAGGAAAACAUAUCAUGAAGACUUUUGUUUUUCGGCCAUCGUAGUUUAAACAAAAAUGAAACACCAGCAGCGGUGAUAAACGUUGUGAAAUUUCGUAUUUUGAUAAGUGACGUAUCGUAUGCUAGUCAACAACCAUUUUCAAAAGUGUUCUAAAGUGACCUUUACAGAUUAUGACGAGACUAUUUACAGAAAAUUUACAACCGGUCUGGGAGUGAGAUUAAGAAGACAAAAUUCUUUACAGUUAUAAUUACAUAAGGCAACAGCUAACAAAGCAUCAGCUUGUCACUGCUGAUGUUGACCUGGUGUUGUGCUUGACCCACUAAUUAAUAACAGAUGAAUAAGUGCUUUGCUUCAUUUUAUCCGGUCACAACCUUUACUUUUAUCGUUGAAAGAAGUUGAAAACAUGAUUUUCAUCAAAAAAUGACUUGACCAUCCGCUAUUUGUGACGUCAUAUUUCGUAACCAUAGACAUUGGUCGUCACUAAACUUGUCUCAAAAUGCGCGCGAGGGAAAAACGAACUGCAACUGAAAAAGUCUGGGGCUGAUGUUUCAUUGUCUAGGAAUUCUCAGUGGUCUUGUGCGUCAGAGGUUAAAACUUUGGCCGGAGUUCAGCCCACGCCAAAACUUUACGCGUUCUUAUUUUGAAAGUGAUUUGCGUUGUGAAGUUUUCUGAAAUGAACUGAGCUUAUUACUGUGUGAUAAAUAAUACCAGGUAUAUUACCUUUAAGGAGAUUUACUUCAGUCGCUUCGAAAUCCCUGUUUUUAUUACACAGUGCAGUUUUCUAAUACAACACUUGUUGGAGAUCGACACGACAUCUAGAUCCGAAGACCUUUGCCUUAAAUUACCUUGAUGUUAUAAGUAUUUUAUACGUCUAUAUUUGCUUUCUUUCAGAAAGAGAAGGACACUAAAUUCAAGUUUGCGAGGACGCGUCUCUGGAUGUAUUACAUCAGUGAAGUCAGUCCUCUACCACCGCCAUUUAACCUGAUACCAGUAGAAAAAAUUGCCUCCGCAGUCCGUUGGCUUGCUAGAAGAUACAAGUGGGUUAAAAAAGUAAGUAAGUAAGUAAGUAAGUAGCAAAGCCUCACCGCACGCACAUGAAAAUGAUUGAAAUGUUAAGAAAUAAAAAAGGAAUUAAUUUUUUGGUAAAAACUAAAACAACUAUGGACACGAACCAAGGUCACAAGUUUUUAAACCUACUAAAUAUUUCUUACGAUAAUCGAUCUAUAAUUUAUAUUAUCGAGACACAUGUUAGGAGACGUAAAUGCGCAUGUUUCUUUGGUUUUUAUUCUCGUACAAAUAGUUUCUCAAGCUUUACGCCUGAAAACUAUCCGGAUAGGUUGCAUACUUGGCCUGAAAUAAAAACGCGCGUUUUCUUUUGCUUGCUGUCGUCGUUUUUGUUGCCGUUGUUUGGCUACUUCAAACACUGUUUUCAAGGUAUUAUCCUUAGAGUCUUUCGUAUUCCUUUUUUAGUGUCUUGGUUGUAUCAAAGCAGAAGAAAUUACAUCAGAUACAGUUAAAACUAAUCAGAAAAGGGUAAGUAUAUCAAUUUUUAGAAAAUUAGAAUGAACCUUAUUCUCGUCAUAUAAGUAAGAAUAGUGAUAACCAAAGUAAAUCAACCUCAAUAAAAGCGCCGGUCUCAGAGAAAAUGUACCUUCGACCAGGAGAGAAGAAAGCAGGCUCUCCUAUAGAAUUUGUGGGGUUCUCGUUGAAAAUUCCGUUUUAGAAGUGCUAAGUCUAAAACAAAGCAGCAGGACUAGCUCAGUCAGUAGAGCGCUUGACUGCAGAGCAAGAGUGUCACGGUUUCGACCCUUAGGGUCUGGCCAGUAUAGCUGACAGGGUCCACAAGAUACUGCGAAAUAAAUGUUUUGCCUUUGCUUUGCAAAUGGCUGGUCCUUUGCGUGGCUAUCUCCAGUAUGGAAACGUAAAAUACAGUUGUCAAAUUGUACUUUCGUGCUCAAUACAUCGACACUGCAAUAAAGCGCGCUUUUUAAAAUUUUGAUCGGCAAAUUCUCAUUUGAAAAAAUAAGUCGUGUCAUAAAUCGGUAGGUGAUCAUUUAAUAACUUAGCUAGACAGUGCAGUGUUCUCAGUCGAGGACGAGCGAAACUAUAUAAGGCUUUCAAAUUUCAAAAGCUUUUUCACAUAAGGGCAUUAUUCUUCAGCGAAUAAUCUAUAAAGAAUUAGAACGGAAGCAUGGGAGGUAGGCAUGGAAGAGGAAGGGUUAGUAACAAUGAAAUAGUUAAGCUCGCCAAUUAUUAACAUCGUUUUUAAAAAUUUCCCUAUAAACGUAAGCCAUGUUCGACAAGUCGUUACAAGGUAACUAUUUUGCAUCCUUUGCUUUCUCAUUCUUUUGUCUUUUACAUUCUCCUCAUUUUUAUUUUAUUUUUUUUUUUUUUUAUUUUUUGAAGUAACAGUGAGUGCUAUUUAUUUCUCGGUUCUGUACCUGAAUACCAUGCAUAGAGUAGAUGGCCUGCAUAUUGAAGGUCCUGAACUUAACACUUUGAACUUAGUUAUCAUGAUAUUUAGUCGAACUAGUAAAAGAGUUGUUUGACUAACAGUUUGAUUAACCACGCUUUGUUUGUUUUUGUUUUCUGCUUAGCGACGUGUCGUUAUCAAAAAUUUGAUACAUCGCUAUUUUUCUGGUAAACAAAAUACACUAAGGAAGGAGCCUGAUAAGAACACCACCCCCUCAGACGAGGAUACCCCUGAGGAGGAAGAUGAGGUACAAACCAAGCUGAUGGAGGUCACUAAAACAUUGCAAAGCCUGCAAAAAGCAGUUCAUCAGUUUCGCCGUAAGACACCAGCGGUAAGAAUAAGGGAAGACGAGCUCUUUUUCCUUGAACUUUUUUUCAAUUUGUUUUUGAAGAUGAACAUGAAUAUGAAAGCCAUGAAAGUAGCUUAUUAG